ACGUCUACGUUACGUUUCAGCCUUAUUUUGCCGGCGAUAGCACGACUCACCCCGCGAAGAAUAGCACGGGAUAUUUUGCUCGAAUAUACCGACUUAUACCAAAAAGAAUGAGUCUCAGGGGCUUCCAGAAGGGGAUCGCUCGCGCGCCUCAACAAUUGAAGGCAAAGCUCAACAUUGGCGAGCACACGAAAGACCCCGUCUACAUCGACACGGAGCGCCGGUUCCAGGAUCUCGAGGCCGAGACGAAGCACCUCCACGAUGAGAGCAAAAAGUACUUCGAUGCCAUCAACGGCAUGCUCUCGCACCAGAUCGAGUUCUCCAAGGCCAUGACCGAGAUCUACAAACCGAUCAGCGGCCGCAUGUCCGAUCCCGAGUCGCUCAAGUUGCAGGGGAACCUGGAGGGCAUCCGCGCGUGCGAGGAGUACGAGGCCGUGGUCAAGGACUUGCAGGAGACGCUGGCGCCAGAGCUCGAGAUGAUUGAAAGUAGGGUGAUCCGUCCGGCGACCGAGCUGCUCGACGUCAUCAAGGUAAUCCGCAAGACGGCCACGAAGCGCGAGCACAAGAAGCUGGACUACGACCGCCACCGCGCCACGCUCAAGAAGCUGCAGGAGAAGAAGGACAGGUCGGCCAAGGACGAGAAGGCGCUGUGGAAGGCCGAGAACGACGUGGAGCAGUCGACCCAGGAGUACAACUACUACAACGACCUGCUCAAGGACGAGCUGCCCAAGCUGUUCGCCCUCGAGCGCGAGUUCAUCCAGCCGCUGUUCCAGUCCUUCUACUACAUGCAGCUCAACAUCUUCUACACCCUUCACGAGCGCAUGCAGCGCGUAGAUAUCGGCUACUUCGACCUGACGCUCGACGUGGAGGAGGCCUUCCAGAAGAAGCGCGGCGACGUCCAGGAGCGCGUCGAGGCGCUGUCCAUCGUCCGAUUCAAGACCUCGGGCAUGAAGCGCCCGCCCAAGUACGGCGGCCCGCGCCCGGGAGCGAUCGAGGGGCCCAAGACGGCCGGCCUGCUCACCCCAGGGACCGCCGCCACCACCCCCGGCGCGAACUCGACCUCAGCACCAGCCACACCAGCCCUCGCAGCGGCGCCACGCUCCCCCUCCCCAGCCGCCGCAGCCUCCUUCUCCAAAUCCCCCUCCGCCACCGCCUCUUCCCUCCGCCCAAGCUGGCAGCCCCGCCAAGCGGACGUGAUCGACAACCCGCCGCCGCCGUACUCGCCGCAGCCGCAGCAGCCGCACGCGGGCUCCGUGUCGCCGGCGGCGUCGCUCUCCGCGGUGGCCAAGGCGAAGCCGCCGCCGCCGCCGCCGCCCAAGCCGAGCCGGCUGUCGGGCGCGCCCAAGCCCGAGACGGUCACGGCGCUGUACGAUUACGCGGCGCAGGCCGAGGGCGACCUGAGUUUCCGCGCCGGCGACGUCAUUGAGGUUGUGACGCGCACGGCCAAUGAGAACGAGUGGUGGACUGGCCGGCUUGGGGGGAGGCAGGGGCAGUUUCCGGGUGGGUUUCUUUUCUUUUCUUUUUUUUUUUUUUUUUUUUUUUUUUUCUUAAUUUUUUUCUCCCCUAUCUCGGAGGAACGGAAGCGCAGCCAAGACAGAAAAGAGAAACCAGAAGCAAACAGGAUUCCCCUGCUCUUCUUUUCAUAUAAGCCAAACUGGGCAUAGGAACGAGAAUGCAGCUAACUGACUUGCCCCCGCGACAGGUAACUACGUCCGGCUGAACACAU